AUGUUAUUCUGGGCAACCACAGCAACGACCUCAUGAGAGUUUACUUCACACGUGACCUGAGUUCAAUCACUCUUCAAGUCGAGUAGCUUAGAUGUAAGAUCUGACCUACAGUUUGCAGCCGUGGAGUGGAUAAACUUAAUGCUAUACUGUGGAACAUUUGAGGCAAUGCAAUAACAUCUUUUUGGAGACCAGUAGACAAGUUUCGUUCACGCACUCGUACACCACAACCUUUGUCAAACAAGGGCCGUGUUUACACCAGUGAAAUACGAGCGCAAGAGCGAGCAGAGGAUGAGUUUUCUGUACUUCAUCCUGCCCGCGCUCGGAGGAUACACGCUCGCCUCCCUGUACCUGCUCAAGAACCCCCAUGUACUGCACAAAAGGAAGAGGACCGCCUUCUCCGCCAGGCAUAUUUCACACCGAGGAGGAUGUGGGGAGAGGAUAGAGGGUACAAUGGCGGCAUUUACAAAUGCCGUGGAGCAAGGCACUCAGAUGUUGGAGUUGGACUGUCACCUGACGCGGGAUGGACACGUGGUGGUGUCACAUGACGAGAACCUGCUGAGACAGACGGGCCAUGAUGUAACCAUCUCCUCUCUGAACCUACAGGACUUGCCGUUAUAUAAAGAGAAACUGGAGGUGACAUUCAACAUAGGACACUACAGCAGCGGCUCGGACAGACAGAUUGCUCUGCUGGAGGAUCUGUUUAGGAAGUUCCGUACGAUUCCCAUCAGCAUAGAAAUCAAAGAGAAUAACGACCAGCUCAUUCAGAAGGUGUCCGAUCUGGUGAAGAGCUACGAUCGAGAGGCCAUCACGGUGUGGGCAUCUCUGAGCUCCACCAUCAUAAAGAAGUGUCUGAAAACAAAUGACGCCCUGCCCUACAGUUUCUCGAUGAGGAGAGGAGUGCUGCUGCUGCUUCUCUUUUACACUGGCCUUUUGCCCUUUGUGCCUCUGAAUGAGAGUUUACUGCAGUUCUACUUAGUGCGUGUUAUAAACAGGACAUUCAUUUCUGAUGAACGCAUCUUGAGAAACAAACUAGUCGUCUAUUUAUUAGAAAAGGUGACUAUGAGGAAAAGUCUGUUUAAACAUCUUGCGGCCCGAGGAAUUCAGGUGCAUUUGUUUGUCUGCAAUUCAAACGAGGACAUUAAAGCCGCUCUGGACCUCGGGGCCACUGGAGUGAUGACUGACUACCCUUCUCUUCUCACAAACUACCUCAGUAAAUACGAUCAUCUGAACUAAUCAAUAACCACAUUUCCACUUGAAAAGCUCCAGUAACUUGUAUGGGCCUUGAUCACGAUUGGGCAAACAUGGUUACAGACAGUAUUAAAACCACCCCAUUGUCUAACCUGGCUGACUAAUUACUUGAUUGUAUUCACUGAGCGAUUAUCUGUGGUAUGAUGUAUGUUAUUACUGUGAACUCCACCCACAUUCUUUUCAAGGUAUUUUCCCCAGCAACAAAUCUCACUUUUCUUGUGUGACUGUUGGACCAGUCGUGCCACGUGACGGUGAAUGCUCUUGAUAAGAAAAGAGUGAACUUGACUUGUUUUGACUGGGUUACUAUUUUGGCUACCAGAGUGACAUCUUUGUUGAUUAAAACAUACAAGUCAGUCUUUUGUUAAUUAUGACAGCUUAAAACCAGUUUCAAGAUGUUUAAUGCUUGUUAUAAAAUUUGCCUGGGAACACUUUUACAAUUACAGUGUGACAAAGUUUAUACAGUACCAUGUAUUUCUCUUCAUUUUGUUUUAAUUAUGACCUGUAGGCUAAUAACCUUAUCAAAUGAAAUAUCUGAUGUGGAAUGUGUUGUGGCAUUACCUGUAGAAUGGUUUUCCAGGUCAAGGUUAAAGUCCGUCUGUAAUGUUGUGUGAUAAUCAUCAACUGGUCUACUGUGGCAACAAAGGCAGCUUUAUCUGACCCACUGGGCAGUGGAACAGUUUUGAUCAAGUGUAAGAGUGUACACUAGGAAGAGGGUGACUGAUAUUUAAAAUAACCUUCUUUUUUAACUUGUAACUUUUGUAUGGGUUUUAGUUUGCUCGCCAUGUGGACAGUGAACAGCACAGACAGAAUGCAGUCUCCAGGUCUAAAAAUAGCUCUCCACUUUUCAGGGAAAUGAGUUGAGAAACUUUGUUUUGUCCCUAAACAGUCGACCUGUUCGCAUGAGUACACGUUCACUGUUGUCUCGGCCUAGUGCGCAGUGUCACAUUCCCUCUUAAUAAAUCAGUACACGACUGUACAUCUUAAA